GCUUGAAAAAAUCCUCUUAUCCUCAAGUUAACGACGGUGCCGUGCAUGCAGGCGCGGUGUUACAGCAGCUGCUGCUGUGUUGCAUAGUCCGACUUUUGUCACGACAUCAGUCGGAGGAAUAAUAUGUUGGGAUAUACUCUGUAAAAUUAGAAAGAACUUUGGGUAAUUAUAGAGUAACACGUGCUGGGCAUUCUCUCAUUACGGUGCGGUACUUGGGAAAAUAUCUUCUCUGUGUGUGCUAUUACGUUCUACUUAUAAUAUCAGGAAAUGUCAUGCGGGCUGAUUUCCGCUAAUGUGAUCUUGUUACUGGAAGUCUUGAGGAAAAACAGGAAGAAUGCUGAACCGCAAGCAGAGCAUCCUGGCUCCGAUGCCCGACGCGUUGAUGCUGGCGGAUUAUGCCGACGAAACGCUGACGGAGAAGGCGGAAAUCGACUGGGUCAACAAGAUUUACGUCCAGAGAGCUUUGCGAGCGUUCGCUCUGAUAAGUCUGAUGUCGGUGUGCGCAAAUACGCCUAUAACAUUCGAGCGGCAUCCAAAAUUAUUGUACAUAACAUUCGCCACGGACACCUUUAUUACCGUACUCUACACAGCGGAAAUGAUCGCCAAAAUUCGUGGUCGUGGCUUACUGAGGGGCGAAAUACCGUACGCAAAAGAUCGCUGGUGCCAGUUUGAUGCCAUUAUGCUGCUCUUUCAUUACAUUUCUCUUGGCCUGCAUCUGUUCCAGUUGGUGUGGCCGGAAGUGUACGCCGCACACGCCUACUUGUCCAUACUCCGCGCCCCCCGCCCACUCAUCAUGAUCCGCUUUAUACGUGUCUUCCUCAAGUUCAACCUUCCAAAAACCCGUAUUAAACAGAUUUUUAAACGUUCCGGUCAACAGAUCUACAAUGUCACAUUAUUCUUCCUCUUUUUUAUGUCCCUUUAUGGCUUAGUUGGAGUACAGUUUUUCGGACCACUGGAGUAUCAUUGUAUCAAAAACGAUACGGAUUCUGCAAACGUGACCUUUAAUGAUCUGGCCAUUCCGGACGUGUACUGCUCACCGCGACCGGAUGGCUAUGUGUGUCCACAAGGGAUGCAUUGUGUGAAGCUGGAAAUGGCGCGAGAACAGCGCGGAUUUAAUGGAUUUGAUGAAUUUGCUACGAGUUUCUUCACCGUCUACCAGUCGGCCUCCAUGGAAGGCUGGUCGUUCGUGAUGUAUCGCACGAUGGACUGUCUUCCCACAUGGCGCGCCGUUAUUUACUUUUUCACGCUGAUAUUUUUUCUGGCCUGGCUGGUUAAAAACGUCUUCAUCGCCGUCAUCACGGAGACCUUCGCCGAAUUCCGUGUCCACUUCCAGCAGAUGUGGGGCAACCGGGCGCCCCUGUCCGACGGCAUCUCCCAGCAGAUUAUCGUCAUUGACGAGCAGACCGGCAAGUGGCGCCUGGAGACGGUGGACGAGAAUAAACCGAAAGGUCACGCGCCGGAAUUCUGCCAGAAAAUCCUGCGCUCCAACUGGUUCCACUUGGGGAUGCUGUUUCUGGUGUUUGCCAACGCGGUGACUAGUGCGUCGGUGCACUACACCCAUGAUGAGCAGGAUUGGACCAAUUAUGAGCGGAUUUUCUACGUGGUGGAGCUCAUGUUCACGGCGUUGUUCGAUCUGGAGGUGCUGUUCAAGAUGUGGUGCCUCGGCAUAUCGGGGUAUUUGAAGCGGUUUGCUCACAAAUUUGAACUGUUCCUGGCGGUGCUGACGACCAUCCAUAUGGAACCGUCGCUGUUUUAUCAUUCCUCGUUGACGUACUUUCAAGUGCUGCGGUGUGUCCGCUUGAUUAAGGCGUCGCCCAUGUUGGAAGGCUUCGUCCACAAGAUUUUCGGACCUGGGAAGAAAUUGGGCAGCCUCAUCGUGUUCACCCUAUGCUUACUUGUGAUAACGUCCUGCAUCAGUAUGCAACUCUUCUGCUAUAUUCCCAACUUUUCCCGCUUUGAGACAUUCCCCGAUGCGUUUAUGUCCAUGUUUCAAAUUCUGACGCAAGAAGGCUGGAUUGACGUGAUGGACGAAACCAUGCUGCAAACCGGCCGAUUCUCACCCAUUGUGGCCUUUUAUUUUAUUCUCUAUCAUCUUUUUGCAACUUUGAUUGUGUUGAGCCUGUUUGUCGCCGUCAUCCUGGACAACUUAGAGUUGGAAGAAGAAAUUAAGAAAAUCAAGCAAAUGAAAGCGCGCGAACAAAGUGUGGGGACCAAAGAAAAGCUUCCUUACAGAUUGCGCAUUUUUACCAAAUUUCCGGACCGGCCACAACUGGUUAAACUGCCUCGAAUGCCUUCCGAAUUUCCCAUUCCAAAGAUUCGUGAAAGCUUCAUGCGGCAGUUCGUUUCACACGAAAUUGACGAGCCGUUGAUUUUCGCGGAAACCGUGCCGGCAACACCGCUCAGAUCACCAAAAACCAUCACCCUCGACGUGAUUUCCACGGCCGCCGAUGUGAAAAGCCAGCCGUCACCCGAUGAACUGCAGGCCAGCAUCCAGGCGCUGAUUCGGGAUGCCUACAAACGCAAGAAUAUGCUGAACGACGCCGAGUUGCUGUCACGUCAAGGUGGACUGUUGCGCGACCGAGCUAGGAGCGUCAGAGGAGGCCCUACCAAUAUCUCAAAAGGAAAAUUCACACAGGACUACACCCGGGAAAACGGUGACGCCGGCGGAUUGGCCAGCCGGCGUGAACAGGAUAUCGAUAUGAAGCUGUUGCAGCAGAAAAAACAACAAGCCGAAAUACGUCGUUUUCAACAGGAAGAGGAUUUGCGUGAAAAUCAUCCCAAUUUCGAUACGCCCUUGUUUGUUGUCGGGCGGGAAUCGCGCUUCCGGAAACUGUGUCAGACCAUUGUAUACGCACGCUACGAAGCUAUUAAACGGGAUCCCGUCAGCGGGAAGGAGAUUAAAAGCAGCUAUAAAGAUCUACACCGCCUGCUGGGCCUUGUGACGUAUCUGGAUUGGGUGAUGAUUGUGGCUACGGUGUUAUCCUGCAUCUCCAUGAGCUUCGAGACGCCCUUCCGACGCAUCAUGGACACACCGACGCUGCAGAUCGCAGAAUAUGGUUUCGUGGUGUGCAUGAGCAUCGAGAUGCUGUUAAAAAUUCUGGCGGAUGGGUUUUUCUUCACGCCCAAAGCGGUGAUCCGGGAUACGGGUGGCGUACUUGACCUUUUCAUCUACACGAUCAGUUUAGUCUUUAUCGUUUGGAUGCCGAAGGAAGUGCCGGAGCGGUCCAGUGUCCAGUUUCUGAUGGUGCUGCGUUGUCUGCGUCCGCUGCGCAUCUUCAUCCUGGUUCCCCAUAUGCGCAAAGUGGUUAUCGAAUUGUGCCGGGGAUUCAAGGAAAUCUUUCUCGUCUCCAUUCUGCUGAUUAUUUUGAUGUUCAUGUUUGCGUCGUUUGGCGUGCAGUUGUAUGGUGGGAAACUGGCGCGUUGUACGGAUCCCGAUAUACUCACACGGGAGAAAUGUGUCGGCGUAUUCUGGCGUAAAGUAUUCAUUGCCAAGAUGAAAAUUCCUCCGGCACCUGAAAAUACGGCUCCAAGGAUGUUAGUGCCCAGAGUAUGGUCUAAUCCAAGAAAUUUUCAUUUUGACGAUAUCGGCAUGGCAAUGCUGGCGCUGUUCGAGAUUCUCUCCUUCAAAGGCUGGCUGGAAAUCCGCGACAUGCUCAUCGUUCACCUCGGAACGUCACACGCCAUUUAUGUGCACAUAUACGUUUUUCUGGGAUCGAUGAUUGGAUUGACUUUAUUCGUUGGUGUCGUUAUUGCCAAUUACAGCGAGAAUAAGGGCACAGCUUUGCUGACGGUCGAUCAACGACGUUGGUGUGAUUUGAAGAAACGAUUGAAAAUCGCGCAGCCUUUACAUCUUCCUUCUCGACCCGACCACAAUCCUCUACGAGCUUUUGUAUACAAUAUCAUCCAGAACAUUUAUUUCAAGCGUUUCAUGGCGGCUCUUGUUUUGGCAACCAGUGCGCUGCUUUGCCUGUCUUGGACAUCGUCGGAACCACACACCGUCUUUCUGACCACGAUUUCUGUCGUAUUUAACUGGGUGUUCGUGUGCGAAGUGGUUAUGAAGAUGAUCGCCUUUUCGCCGCACGGAUACUGGCAGAGCCGGCGUAAUCGCUACGAUCUCUUGGUUACCGUUCUGGGAGUGGUCUGGAUUGUAGCGCAUUUUAUCUGGAUGAAUGAUACUACAAAUUCACUUGGUUUCUUCGUGACAAUCCUGCGGUUUACCACCAUAACGGGCAAACAUGCUACCCUAAAGAUGCUGAUGUUGACGGUGGGCGUCUCUAUGGUGAAAUCCUUCUUCAUCAUUCUGUGGAUGUUUUUAUUGAUGCUAUUCUACGCUUUCGCCGGUGUGAUUCUUUUCGGCUGCGUCAAGUGGGGCGACAAUCUGGGCAGACAUGCCAACUUUCAACAUGCUCCGCGCGCCAUCAGCGUGCUGUUCCGUAUUGUUACCGGCGAAGACUGGAACCGCAUUAUGCAUGACUGCAUGGUGACCCCGCCGUUCUGCACACGGACACCGGGGAAUAACUUUUGGGAGACGGACUGUGGGAACUGGACAGCGGCCUUGAUUUACUUUUGCUCCUUUUAUGUCAUUAUCACCUACAUUGUGCUCAACCUACUAGUCGCCAUCAUUAUCGAAAAUUUUUCGCUGUUUUACACCAAUGAGGAAGAUGCUCUAUUGAGUCAUGCUGACCUACGGAAUUUCCAGUUUACUUGGAAUAUUGUAGAUAUUCACCAAAAGGGAUUUAUUCCGGUGAAGCGAGUCAAAUUCAUCUUGAGGCUGUUGAAGGACCGCUUGGAAGUGGACUUGGACAAAGAGCGGCUGUACCUGAAGCACAUGUGCCACGAAAUGGAGCGCCUGCACAAUGGCGGCGACGUGACGUUCCACGAUGUUCUCAACAUGCUGUCGUAUCGGUCCGUUGAUAUUCGCAAGAGUCUGCAGUUUGAAGAAUUAUUGGCACGGGAGGAACUUGAGUACCAAAUUGAAGAGGAAGUGGCCAAGCAGACCAUACGCUCCUGGUUGGAUAACUGCAUACGUAAAAUGAGAAUGAAACAAAAGGGCCAACAGAGCCUCAUCCACAGCCUGCGUGCCCAGAACGAAGCCCUCUUCGGUGCCGGUCCGGAGCGCACCACGGUGGCCGCCGACCAGGAGAGCAAACCGGAAACCCGCAAACGCAAGACCGGCGUGGCGGAGCGUGCCGGUAGUAUUUCCGGUCAACUGGGCCGGCGCUAUCUGCAGCCGUCCCGUUCGGAUGCCACCGAACCGCCGUUGCCGGAGCAUCGGGAAACCGGUCGUCUGUCCAGCGGCAAGAGCACCCGCGGACGCAGCGGUCGCACUACACCGGCGGCGAAAGGUCUGGCGGAAGUGAUGGAGGGCGUCGAGAAGGAGACACCGGUAGUUCCACCCCCUCCGGCGCCCUUGGAAGAUUCCAUCGGGGAGGAAAAACUGGCCACGGAGGUUGAGGAGUCGCAGAAGAAACUAGCGGAGCAGGUGGCGGCCAUUCAUGAAUGGUAUGCCCGGGAGAUGGAGAAUUUGAGUGAUUCCGAUAGUGAUUACGAUGAUACGUAUAUGUACAUAUGAUGCUCGUAUAUCGAAAUUAAUACCAGAUCAAAAUUGUUUGACUGGUUAUCUCAUAUUGUACCGACUCAGAAAAACUUUUCAGAAUCUCAAUAAAAACCGGUGAACUUUUUAUGUUAAUAUGUUGUUUUGAAUUUCUUUAUG